CAGAAGCAAGGGUACUGUAACAUAGUGAACAUGUUUCUGCUUCAGGUUCUUCUUGUUGCUUUUAUUUUCUCUUGUGGAGAUGCCCAAGUGCUGAAACAAUCUCAGUCCUCCAUAGUGAGAGAAGUACAUAAAACAGCACGAAUUGAAUGCCAUGUUUCUGGCAUAAGCUUUAGCAAUGCUUAUAUACACUGGUAUCGGCAGAAGCCUAGGGAAGCACCAGAGCGGAUUCUCUACGUAUCAUCAGGAACACCAAGCUUUGACAAAGAGUCUGAUAAAGGAAAGUUUGAGGCAAAAAAGAACAUCAAUGACAACACCUGCACGCUGACACUAAAUCGAAUAAGAACAGAGGAUGCAGCUACAUAUUAUUGUGCCUACUGGCAUGGCACAUUGUUAGCAAAGCACUAUGCACAUGGAGAAAUAACUAUCACCCAAACUCCGGAGUUCUCCAUCAAAAGGGAAAAUGCUACUGUACGUAUGUAUUGCGUUCUCCAGGGCAUCUCUGAAAAUAUUGCCAGUGCCAUCAUUCACUUGUAUCAUCAAAGCCCUGGUGAAGCUCCAAAGAGAGUUCUGUUCUUCACAUCAGGAAAAUCCACUUUUGAUGACAACUCUCAGGCAAAGAAUUUUCAAGUUACAAUAGAUCCUCAAAAAUCCCGCUAUACUUUCUAUAUGGAGAUGCUCAAAUUCAGUUCCAUUACUCAAGAUGUUACUGCUACAGGUUCUUUUAGUGACUUCAAUUUGGUCUUAUGGAUCUAUAGGAGUAACUCUCACCCAAAAUCCAUGGUCUACGACCAGAAGUAUGGAGAUGCUCUGGAGCUGACACAAUCGGAACCCUCCAAAACCAGGGGAAACACUAAAACUGCUAUUAUUAAAUGCCAGGUUACGGGGACUACCACUGUUAUACAUUGGUAUCGACACAAGCCUGGGGAAGGUCCAGAGCGGAUUCUGUACUGGUCAGCAGGAAGAGUUGUCUACGACAAGGAGUCUGAUAAAAAGUUUUCAGCAAAACAGGACUCUAAUGAACACGCAGAAGUUACUGUCACCCAAAGUCCAGAGUUCAGAGGAGAAGGCAGGAGUGCAUGUAUGAACUGUGAUAUUACUGGCAACUCUCGAGAUCUAGUGAUGGCUAUUCUGUCAAAGUAUUUGGCUCUGGUACAAGACUUGUUGUAUCAGCAAUACCAAGGAUUUAUCAAACAAUUAUUUUACCAUUUCACUCUUUUUAUAUCAUCUUUGGAAACUGGUUCCAAACUUUAUACAAGUUUUUGCAAAGCAUUCAGACACAGUGAGAAUACUUAUAAUAAAAUCUUUGGCUCCGGCACAAAGCUUGUUGUAACAAAUAAACAAGCAACAACUACAGCACAAGACGAGAUGCUGCAUCACAUAGGGGACUCAAAGGAAACAUACGUUUGCCUCGUUCAUAAUUUUUUCCCGAAUGUUAUUCGGAUGUAUUGGACAGAUAAAGAGGGAACGAAAAUAUCAGAUAAUGUAGUACAGGGAGAAGUUUGGCCACCUCAGGAAGAUGCAGACUCAUACUCAGUCAGCAGCUGGCUGACUGUAAAUAAGGACAUCAACAAAGAAUAUGUUUGCUGGUACGAGCGCGAAGGAUCUGGCAAAAAAUCCAUCCAUACUCAACUCCCAACAGCAACACCUAUGACUCAAGCAGACAACUGUACUGCCAGUCAAGCAAGUGGCAAAGAGAAUUUCACGCACAGGACUGCAUCUUUAAUAUACAUAGUUCUUCUCCUGAAAAGCAGCAUGUACUAUGUCGUCGUACUCUUCUUCAUAUACAGAAUGAGAAGCCCAACCAAGGGUCCCCCCAGAAAACAUUAAACUAUUCCUUCCAGCUUGCAAAGUCAGCAUUUGUAUCUUAAUUUUGCUUAAUAAAGCUGCUCACAUAACUAUAACAUACAUUGCUUUAAAUGUGGAAAAAAAGUGGAAAAAAAUCAGCUUGAGAUCUUUCAACACUUAAGCAUGCAACUAAUGUCACGAACACUGAAAGUUCUGCUAUAUCCAGUGAGCUCAAUGAAACAACCUGCAUGUGUGAAUGCGUUUGGUGGCAGUGCUAAAACUUAAAACUAAUUUACUGUUUAAUUUUUAGUUUCAUGGGAAAAUUUCUUUUUCUUCAAUUCCAUUUAUUUCCUUCAUAAAAGAAAUGUGUAAUUAUUGUAUCAGAACUAUGAAAAGUUGAGAUAUUUAAAUAAAACGGAGAAUUAUAAUA